AUGAACAGAAUUACUUCCAAGAAGAAAAAGAAAUAUCUCGUCAUCUGUCAUUGCACAAAUUUCUGCAGAGAGGUGGACAUCAAAAUUAUUGGAAAUGUCAUCCCACCAGCCAUUACAUCUACAUGUAAUAAACAAUUCUCUUACCUUUUGUUUACAGAUGCUGAAAGGCCUACAUCAUGUAGAGAUGGGUGGAUUCACGGUGGCGGUUCCUGUUACCUGAUUCGGUCAAUGACACAGCCAUGGGCAGGUGCCCAGUCAGUUUGUGAUUUCUUGGGAGCCAAACUUUUGAUCAUCGAAUCAUCAACAGAAAACGAAUUUAUAAAAAAUGAACUCUCAACGCUGACCAUUAAUCAUUCUGGUUCAAACAAAGACCUCCCAGCAAAAUACUGGACGGCUGGAACGGACUUUCAGACCCCUGGGACGUGGCUCUGGGGUAAGGACCACACCAUGGGAUUCUCUAACUGGGCAGGGGGACAGCCCAUGACUCACCACUGUUUGGCGCUUGAUCCCCAAAACCAGUAUGCAUGGGUAGCAACCGACUGCGAACGAAGUGCCAAAUUUAUUUGCGAAAUCCAGCUAGCUUCCAGCCAAGAUUCGACGUUUGGAUGACAUAAAGUUCAACACACACAAAAAUGAU